GGCACAUUACCGUAAAACCUGUUAAACCGCCUUUUAUUAUUUAACAUUUACAAAGAAACACUCGAGGCUUAUCGACGUAUUCGCUUAAGUUCGGAUUUAUGUUAGUGUUGUUGUACUGUGAAAGGAUUUUAACCCUGAAUUGUAACUCGGGCUACAGCAUGAUUUGACGUCGUCUUGAAGUGAUUAAGAGAUUUUGUUAAAAACAAAAUGCAAUAUCAUAAAAUGGCGAACGCAAGUAAUCACAUAUACUUUCGUAUGGGCGGUAAUGUGCUGCUGUUACUGGCACAUAUUGCCAAUGUGGUUGUGAUGUUUAUAUUACUGUCCAGCGACAUUAUGGUGGAGAAAGAUCUUGCACAGUUCCACUCCAUGCAAUGGCAGUAUAUUACUGUGUGGAAUUUGGGAUUCCAAAUAGCCCAUCUAGCAUGCAUUCUGUUCUGUGAUCUGCACGACGUUUUUGACAUUCCGGAGCACAAGCUGACGCCGUUUUUGCCAAAGCUUAGGCAAUAUCACAAUGUAUUUGUUUCUUCAAUUAUGUGGCCGAUUACAGUUGGUAUAUUCACGCUAUUUUGGCCCGUCUACACAUUCGACAGAGAGCUGGUAUUCCCUGAGUUUAUUGACAAAGUAUUACCACAAGGAUGUAACCAUAUGAUGCAUACCUUUAUCAUACCAGUUGCUUUGUGGGAUAUAUUAUGCCGACCCCGAGGAACACCAAAGUCACACCAGUUUAAUGUUAUUAGCCUCGGAAUUCUCUACGUGGUGUAUUUCAUAGUGGUAUUUGAAAACUACUUCAGAAGAGGCAUAUGGCCUUAUGGAAUACUAAAUCAAAUCUAUGGAACAAUUUACUUUCCAAUCUUAAUGGGAUCUAUAGGAGUUCUAUUACUGUUCUGUUACAAUUUACAAUGGCGUCUUUUGUCUAUUAUUCACGGCGAUAGGCAAGCUAAGAAAAUAAAGUGAUUUAAAAUAAGCAUUUCUGUACAUCAGCGAUACAUAAUUAUCUACAAAAAAUAAUGCGUUCGAAAUGAUUAUGACAUCGGAUUUUCUUUAAUUUCACGAUAUAGACUUGAAACUUGCAAUAAAUUAAAAUACUUUUUCAAAGACACAUUUUCACUUUAAAAUUGAAAUGCAAUUUAUUUAAACGACUAUUCAUAGUCGUUCCGAUAGUCGAGUGCUUGAAUUCAGGAAGAAAUGGUCGAGAUUUUUUGUCACAAACGCCAAUUUGUCACUAUUAUGAGGGCGGCACUGAAAAGUUCGUAUUUAUUGGUUUUCGAAGUAUUCUCCGCGAAAUUUGACACAUUUUUCCAUACGAUGGAACCAAUCAUUGAAGCAACCAUUCCAUUCGGAAGUUGGGGUCUCCAAAAUGGCCGUUUUGUAUGCGUCCACAGCUUCUUCAGGUGAUGAAAAUCUCUGACCACGCAAUUCAUUCUUUAUUUUAGGGAAAGUAUAGAAAUUAUUAGGGCUUAGGUCGGGGCUGUACGGCAGAUGGUCUAAUAAUUCUAUGUUUUCUUGCUCUAAAAACUCUUUUGUUCUGUGCGCGGUGUGAGAACUCGCAUUGUCGUGAUGGAGGAUGAUGCGACGGUUGCAGUUCUCUUUACGGAGUUCAGAAACGACCUGUGGCAAAUAAAUGCUAGCAUACCAUUCUGCAUUAACCGUUCUUUGUCCCACAAGAGGAAUAGUCGCAACAUGGCCGGUUUUGGAGACAAACGUGGCCACCAUUUUUUUUGCAACACUCCGUGAACGAACAAUUUUUGUUGGCAUUAACUCAUUUUCGAACACCCAAACUCGUGACUGGUUCUUUGUUUCGGGUUCGUACGCGUAUAUCCAGGAUUCGUCAUCUGAUACGAUGUUGUAUACAGAAUUUGAGGAUCCUGCGUGGAAUCUUUCGAGAGUUCUGAUGUACCAAGUACCGCGAGCCGUUUUUUGCACUUCACGGAGCAAAUGCGGUAUCCAUCGGGAAAACAACUUUUUUACACCUAAUUGUUCAUGCAAGAUUAUUUGUAUUUGACUCGUGCCAAUGUCUAAAGUUGCCUGAAUUUCACGGUAUGUCACAUGUCGAUCUUCCUCAAUCAGCUUGCGCACAGCAUCAACGUUUUCUUUGGUGACUGCAGUUUUUGGACGACCUUUACGGGGAUCAUGACUGAGCUUGACACGUCCACAUUGAAAUUCAGCAAACCAGCGAUAAAUUGUGGUUUUGGAUGGGGCUUCAUCACCAAAUGCAGAAAUCAUCACACUGUUUUUGUGUUAAACCACUUCCAAAGUCAUAAUAUAUCAUCGCUCUAGAAUUUUCUCGAGUCAAUUCCAUUUUCUCAACGACUAAACAAGUUUGAAAAGACCUUGUGACAAGACCGAGAAUCUUUUUUUUAAAUAAACAAAUGGUAUUCGAUUUUUAAAACCAAGGAGUUUUCAAUUAAAAAGAUUUUAAUAUGACAGGGACAGUGGAAAUAUUCCAUUCCCGAUACUUUUAUUGCAGCCCUCGUAUUUACGAAUACACCCUAUAGUAAAUACAUUACUCGUCCAAUACAGGCAGGCUGCGAGAUCGAAUCAGAAAUGAGGAGAUCCAUACGAGAACCAAAGUCACUGACAUAGCCGAAGUUAUUGCGAAACUGGAGUGGCAGUGGGCAGGGCAUAUAGUUCGACGGACGGCGGUGGCAGAAAAGUCCUCGAAUGGCGACCACGUACCGGAAGACGCAGUUUUCAAAAUGGACCGACAAUCUGUUCAAGAUCGCCGGAAUAGGUUCAAAGAGGGCAGCUCAGAACCGAUCGCCGUGGAGAUCUUUGGAGGAGACCUUUGACCAGCCUGAAAGGCAUUAACGUGAAAGAAAAUGACAAAUUGUAGUUUUUUUCAAUUGUUCAUCGAACUCAAGCACACGACCAUAAGCAUAUACUCGUUGUUACGUGUCAAGACUACAAGUUUCAGACACCAGUAUAAUAACGCAAAAAUCACACAAAUCAAAUAAUAUAAAAAAAAAUUAAAUAAAUCAAAACAUAACACUAAGCAGCGGUAGCAAUACUAACACAAUAACGAUCACAAAUAACACAAAAGGGUAUUGCGCUGUAUGUUUACUUAUAUCGCUUAGUUACUGAAUGACUGGAUGAAUUGAGGGUGCUUCUGUUCAUACAAGUCGAACACGUCUGAAAGAAGAAUGAAAAACAGCAUGUUUUUGUAAACAACUAUGUGUACGAAAAACGCUAUGUCAAGGAAAUAAUGUUAUAUUUUUAUUUAUUUGAAUAAAUUAUUCUUUUUAA